AUGUGGCAUGCAUUUUUCUACUGGCUUGAGAGGCUUCAUGGACUCGAUGUAUCUAAUGCCCAGCAUCUUUGGCUAUUACAUGAGCUGUUCCUCAGACAGAUCGAGUCUGACUGCAACACAUUUCAAGCUGAAUGGAAUGUACACCCUAUCUCUGGAGAAGGACAUGAUCAGAGCCCAAAUGAUAUGAGGCUUAUGGGCCAGCUCAAGCAUGGACUAUAUGCUGAUGAUUGUGAAGGAGUCCAUCCUGAUAUCAUCAGACAAUACUAUGGAACUGCAGGAAGGCCUAUUCAUCAUGCACCCCAUCAAACUGGAGCAGGUCAUCCCUCAGAUGAGGUAUACUCAGCUUCUGGAUCUACUGAUGGAGAAUUGGAUGAUGAAGAAUCAGAAGAGGAAUGGGAAGAUAUUAAUGAUGCAGAGGACAUUGGUACAGAAGAUCUACAAGAGCUUCCCCAGCUUAUCGCUGCAGAUCAUGAUGCCCAUUUUCACCAUAAGCCUGUCCAUGUCCCAAAACAUGACAGUCCUUUUUGCUCUGCUACUCUUUACAACACCUUUCAUCAAGCCCUUGAUCAAGAUGACAAUGGUUCCAAUUCGCAUUUUUCUACCUUGGAGUCUAAGCAGAUGGAAACCUCUGGAAAAUCAAGCUCAACACUAGCAGUUAACUCAAUUCUGCAGGAAUUGCUCAGAGGUUCAGCUGGAUCUUCAGCUGCCUACAGAAAGGCCAAUAGCGAGGCCAACCAAGGUUUAAAGUCUGCUUCUCAAUCGCACAGCAGGUCUAAGGCCCAGAUGGUCUGCAAAUCAAAGUCAGCUCGUCCUCUUGACUUCCAGUUUAUAGCUGGUGAAAUUGUUUUCAUUCCUUGUGGGACAACACAGCCUAAGAAGACCUCACAUUCAUACAUCCCCCUUCUGACACCUGUUCUUCACAAUCCUCAAAUGCCAACUCUGGUGGAAGUCUAG